ACAAACAAUCCUUUGCUGUCAUGGUAACGCCAUGAACUACAAACUUCACUCCUGUCUGUGCCUGUUGUUAAAGGAGUUUUCACCGCUCCAGUGGAAUAAAAAGCACUAGUUUGUAGCUUAAUAGUUCGUCCUUUCUAGACAUGCUAGCUGAGACUCGGGGUACUGGUCCUGUGGGCCCUGGACCUCCAUGGAGGCCCUCCACCUCUGCAAAGAAUUUAGGGACUUGCCAAAGGCAACAGGGUGGAAAGUACAGACGACAGGCAUCCGGACAAAAAAGCUGCUUCUUCGGGUUGGAAACUAGGCCAGAGCUGGUCUGGGAGGACUGGGACCAUGGACGAGAGUUCACCAAGACAUUAGUGUUAAAGAACAUUCACAGCAAGCUACAGAAGCUGAACAUAAGACCCCCAGUCUCCACGGUUUUCUCUGUCACGAGUCCAGAGACAAUUGUUCUCAGCCAGGGGACUUCUUUCUUAUUACCUGUUACCUUUAGACCGCUCCAGAAGUGUGAGUAUGAGGACAGCAUUGAAUUUCAAUGUAAAGAAGGCAGCUUUCAAGUGUGUCUCCGCGCCAUCGUUCCCUGCCAUGCCCUAGAGGUGCCUGACUCUGUGAUGCUCCCACUUUGUGCUGUUCAGCACUCCACACAUACUACAUUCCUGCUAAGAAAUUCCAGUAAACUUCAGACAUGCUUCCAAUGGGAGUGUGCAGCACCGUUCCAACUGAGCCCAGAGCAAGGAUUGUUGAAACCUGGCAAUGAGUGUCACAUCACGGUGGUGUUCCAGCCACAAGAGGCACAGUUGUACCAGCAGCAGGUGUACUGCCGGUUUGGAGAAGAAGUGGACAAGGCUGUGGGCUACUGCACUGUGCUUCUACAGGCAUUAGCUAAAUACCCGUACCUUCAGCUAAGAAAUCCCAGUAUCAAGGAAGGAGAGGAACACAGUGAUCCAGUGUUGUGCUUUGGGUGUGUGGCCAUUGGCAAAAGUUUGCAGAAACACUUUGACAUCAUCAACCCCUCUCCAGUGACUGCGUCUUUCUCUCUCUCACAAUUAUCCAAUGGGAUACCUUUGUGUGGAUCAGAGUUCACCUGUGACAUCAGCAGGGGUAAGGUGGCACCUGGUGGGAUGGUUCAUGCUACUGUGACUUAUUCACCUGCUGCAGUGGACACCGUCUCUGUUGAGUACUUGUCUCUAAAAUAUAAGGGGGCACUCAAUGAAACUCUGCUCAAACUCACUGGAAAAUGUAUUGGUCCCACUGUUUCCUUGUCCUCCUCUGUGUUGGACUUUGGAUGUGUGGAGGAAGGAGGAUCAAUUGUACAGACAGUGGAGCUGGUUAAUUCUUCACCCGUUGAGGCUUGCUACCAAUGGGACAUUGAUUGCUGUGGGAACAGUGUGUUUCACAUCCUACCAGCAAGUGGCACUGUACUCCCACAUAGUCAUGCCACACUGAAGGCAGUCUAUAGGCCCAUGCACCCUAUGGCACACUACAGGAGAGUGCCGUGUCUAAUACUGUACAGGGACCCUGUGUUCCUUGAUUUGAUCGGUACCUGUCACUCAGAGCUCCAGCAACCAGCCAUACUAAAACCUGAACAUUUGGUUGAGUACAAGCUUCACUGGCACCACAGAGAGCACUCAUCAGACACUUUGAGUGGCAUGCAGCAAGAUCAUAUAGCAAUGAACCAGCAGGAAUCACCGACUCCUUUGGAUGAGUCUAACCCAAGAGUUGACAGUGCUCCUGUCUUGUCGACCACUCCCAUGGGAGAACUUUACCAGACCAGCUUGGGGUGCAUGGAUCCUCUCUCUUCUCAAAGAUCUUCUUUAUCGUCUCUCCAUGUAUCUGUGGAGCCAAAUGAGCUGCUGUUUAAUCACAAAAUAACAUCUUCAUUGUGUACUUCAUCAGUUUCCUCACAGUCUGUUUCCCUCAAGAAUCACACCGGAGGAAAACUCAGUCUAGUGUGGACUGUUGCCCAAGAUUCUCCAUUCUCCAUCUCUCCCUCAUCAUGUGACUUGGCACCACUGAAGUCCACCUCAUUUAGAGUGACGUAUAACCCCAAGCAGCUCAAUACCCUGCAUGGAGCUCAACUUGAAUGCUUUGCAUACUAUAAGAUGCAGCAGGACAGUCAAGGUAUUGGGGAGCAAGUGCCGUGUCCACCCAGGUGUGUGACUGUCAGAGUCAUUGGCCACUCCUUUCAGCCAGGAAAAGAACAUUUCAUCCCAUCCUGCACACUGAAGCCCCCUCAAGUGGUGUUUCCAGCCCUGAGCGUCAUUUCCUAUCGGACGGUGCUACUUCAGAAUAAUGGAGACCUGCCCCUCACUUUCUUUCUGGACCAUAGCUCUAAAGUUGGCUUGGCAGAAUCUGUGUUUAUAGUGCCGAGCUGUGGUCUGAUCCAGCCGGGGCGUCACCAAAUCCUCACCCUCAGAACAAUUCCAACAGAAGACUGUCCCAAACAGGGAUUCAAUUUGUGCCUGCAGCUCAAUGCAGCUAAACUAACAAAGGAACUGACCGUUCUCUGUGUGGCGGAAAAGCCACGUGUGUCUCUGGAAGGAGGCUGCACUUUGUAUUUCCAGACAACAGCCGUGGGCUCACAAAGCCAACGCGCCCAUCGCAUCAGGAAUUUCAGCCGCCUGCCUGUACGGUUCAAAUGGAGCAUUCCAGAGCCGGACCAGGAGCUUAUCUUCGUCGAGCCAGAUGCUGGCGAGCUGCAUCCCAAUGAGAGCUCAGUCCAGACGUGGUCCUUCAUUCCACUGGCAGAGAAAACAUACACGGUCAAACCUACUCUUACCUUUUGGCCGAGCCAGACUGAUGGAUCUAAUAAGUCCCACAUUAGCCUCAAAGUGGUGGGAAAGGGUUCCAUGGGCACCAUAGAGGCAGAGAGAGCAGUCCUGGAUGUGGGGGAGGCCCUCAUUGGAAGCAAUCGGUCAAUUGAGAUUCCUUUAGUGAACAACAGCCCCUGUCCUGUCUCCUUUUGUCUCAGCGUAGAGCAGAACAUUCUAGAUGGGGAACUUUCCAACGACCCCAAAGCUGAGUCAAGUGCUCUACAGCUGGACUGUAUGAGGGCAACAAUCGCCUCAAACUCUACAAUGAAACUCCAGUCAACAGUCAAACCACAGAGACGAACCCAGUAUCUCUGGACCAUCAGUUACCAGACACUAAAUGCUAACGGGUCUGCGUCGUCCUCUCCUCAGGCACUAUGCGAAGUGCGAGUUAAGGGUGUGUUUCCCACCUUACAGGUGAUUGAUGCGUGUGGUGGUGGCAGUGUGGGCAGGCUAAGCAAGGUGCAUCUUUGGAAGCUCUUCUCAUUGCACAGGCUCAAUGAGUUCUUGCUGUCUAGUCCCUCUCCUGCAGAAUUGACUUUUAGAACCCCCACCAGGCACAGCCUGCGCAGCUGUCCUUCAGUCUUCACUAAAGCCGUGUUGGAUUUCAACUUUAGUUUGGCUCCCUUAAAUUCAGACCCCUCAAAUAUUGUACUAAUGUUUCACAACCCUGGUUCUGUCCCUGUAGAUUGGGCAUUCUUGUUUCCAGCGGAUCAACAGAUAGAGUUGGAGUAUUGGACAGAGACAGGAGAGUUCACCAGCACUGAUCUGUACCAGAUGAAGGUUCAGGAGAACCAACUGUUCAGCGUCUCCCCUCGGUCUGGAACUUUGCUCCCUGGCCAGAAGAGGGCAGUGCAUUUCAGCUACAGACAUGAUUUUGCUGGAACAGAUCGGUUUCCUGUUGUGUUCAAGCUCUCUCAUGGCAGAGAAAUCUUGCUGAGCUUACAAGGGCUGACAGUGGAGAGAGACAGACCAUAUCUCCACUUUGCCUCCUAUCAACAUGUCUUCACCUCUGUGACUAUUGGGGACUGCAAUCCUCCGAGGCAGGUAUAUAAAUUACACAACGGUGGUGCAGUACCAGUCCAUUAUGAAGUGGACACAGGUGUGUUGUCACAGCUUCAUGUGGACAACUUUAACCAUCCAGUGCUGUGCUGCCUCAGUCCAGUCGGAGAAGUUCUUCCUGGGAAGACGGCCAUGCUGGAAUGGAUCUUUUCCCCAUUGGAGGCAAAGACGUACCACGUGGAUGUUCCUAUCCACAUCCAGGAUGGCGACACAACACUGGUGAAGUUUAAGGGAUGUGGGAUUGAUACUCCGACACUGGGCUUCUUGAACACACAGAGUGGUAGUAAGGUUUCUGGACCCUGUGAUCAGAAGGUGCCCUUCCCGGGACAGGUAUUAUUCCUGUCUGAAGACAGUGUCUGUCUUGGCGACAUCCCAGUGUGCUCACGAUCUUCUAGAAUCCUCUUCCUCACCAAUGUUUCCUACACAGACACCGUCCACUACACAUGGGACUUGCCUCAGCCAGGCAACCAACAGGUGGUGCAGAUCCACCCAGAGGGAGGCCAUGUUAGACCAGGAGAGUGCGUCCUUUGUGUCCUCACAUUCACUUCUACUGACUACCCCACCAUUUAUCAGCUGGACCUCGUCUGUCAGGUCACUCGAGAAGCUGCACUCACUCUGUAUCAUGAAGCUUUGCAGCGCUGGGAAGAAGAAAGAGAUGCACAGCAAGAUGAACUCGUAGUCAGAGACAAAAAUGUUACACAGAGUCAAAGGGUGUUGAUAGACAAGGAACCUCUAGCAACUCCUACCAGAAAAGGGCCACCACUGAGAAAAUAUAAAACUCUUCCUCCGAUCUGUGCCAGCAGUAGCUGUGAAACAGUGGGCAGUAUAUGUACUAAAUUAACGAGAGCUGAGCGGCGGGCGCAGAGAGCAACUACAAGAGUGCGGAAGCGCCCCGUACCCCCCCAACCGGCUCUGCUGCAUCUGGAGGUUACAGCACACUCCCAUGGGCGUCAGGAGUACCUAACACACUUUCCUGACCAGUUUAGUAGGCAUAAUAGAUACCUCCAGUCGGUUAAGACCCAGCCGCCACAAACCACCUGUUCAAGCGCAUCGCUCGACCGUGAUCGGCUGCCGACACCAACACGUGGCCCUGAGAAAGACAUCCUCGUACACAUAUUCGCAUCUAUGCUAAGGGACAUCCUUGAUGAUUCAGCUUUUGUCCAGUCCCUGGUUACUGUGGCUUCUAAGCCAAUCAUCUACCGGCCCAGAGAAACACCUUCCCAACCCCCGUCUCUCCCAAAGUCUUCUUCUUCCCCUAUACCACGUGUGCCUGCUGACAUGAGUGAAUAUGUUUUGAUGAACACCCUCCAGAACCUGAUGAUGGAAGCGGUCAGAGGAGAGCUUGUCCUUACAUCUCACCCCCGCACCAUUAUCCUGCCGCCGGUUUCUACCAGAAGCAGAAGGACGUCCAACGCCAUGGCCGGGGAGGAGAAGCCUUGAAGAGCAAGUAACUCUCAUCAUCUACCCAAGAAACCAGAGGUCUGUCUCCCUGUACUGCUUUCAUUAAAACUCAUUAUCUUAUUCAACUC